CGUUCCCAACCCCUUCGUCCAUACGGGGCGCCUGAGCGCCUGGGACAAGCUGCGGAAGUGAGUCCUGAAGGCCCAAAAUUGUGUUAAUCCUUGUCAGUGUGACAGAGUUUAGAGCCAAGGCUAGAGUCUGUCCUGAAUAUUGACAAAAGGAAAGUAAGAGGCUGUGUGAAGAAGGAAGAGAUUUGACAGAGAGGGAAAGGACCAUAUUGAUGAAAGGAAAAUCAGAACCAACCUGCUAUAUGAAAGAAUUAGACUGUUCUUCAGGGUAUUAUUUUGCUGCCCCUCCGUGCCAUAUGCAUUGUGUUCAUUUUACUGCUAGCAUGGCUGUGUGCAUUGAUUGCAAUGUUCCAACACCCCAGAAGAGGAUCAGUGCCACUGAAGGGUUGGAGAAGGAGGAUGAUCCAGACAACCCUCUCUUGCCUAACUCAUACCGUGUUCUUCAUAAUGGGUUUCCAAGUUAAAGUAAAAGGGAAAGUAGCAAGUCUACUGGAAGCCCCAAUCUUUGUUGCAGCUCCUCAUUCAAGCUUUUUUGAUGCCAUUAUUUGUGCACUAACUGGAAUGCCAUCAAUAGUGACUAGAGCAGAGAACCUGUCAACUCCAGUAUUUGGCACAAUUUUGAGUUCCCUUCAGCCUGUAGCAGUUUCUCGUCAAGACCCUGAUUCACGAAAGAACACGGUCGUCGAGAUCACUAAGCGGGCAUCAGCGAGAGGCCAGUGGCCACAGAUACUAAUUUUCCCAGAGGGCACCUGCACAAACCGAUCUUGCCUGAUCACAUUUAAACAAGGUGCCUUCAUUCCAGGAGUCCCUGUACAACCCGUGCUGCUCCGAUACCCCAACAAGCUGGACACUGUGACCUGGACAUGGCAGGGCUAUUCACUAAAAGAGCUAUGUGUAAUGACACUGUGUCAGCUCUUCACAAGAGUAGAAGUUGAGUUUCUGCCUGUUCAUGUUCCUACUGAGGAAGAAAAGAACGAUCCCAUUCUUUUUGCCAACAGAGUCCGACAAACCAUGGCAACUGCCCUGAAUGUGCCAGUCACUGAUCACACUUUUGAAGAUUGCAGACUAAUGAUUUCAGCAGGACAGCUGACUUUACCCAUGGAAGCUGGGCUAGUGGAGUUCACCAAAAUUAGCAAGAAGCUCAACCUAAAAUGGAAUCAUGUCAGAGAGCAGUUGGAUACCUUUGCUGCUAUUGCAAGUGCUUCCAAAGGAGGAAGAAUUGGAAUUGAGGAGUUUGCAGAGUACUUGAAGCUGCCUAUUUCAGAUGUCCUUAAAGAGCUGUUUCUACUCUUUGACAGGAAUGGAGAUGGCACCAUUGACUUCAGAGAAUAUGUAAUUGGUUUGUCUAUUCUCUGUAACCCAGCCAACACAGAAGAGACUAUUCGGAUGGCAUUUAAGCUCUUUGACAUGGAUGAGGAUGGCACUAUAAAAGAAGAUGAGUUUGCUUCUAUCAUUCAGUCAGCUCUGGGAGUGCCUGAGCUUGAUGUUUCCAUGCUCUUUAAAGAAAUAGAUGCAGAUGAAACUGGGAAGCUGUCCUAUGAUGAGUUCAAGGACUUUGCACUGAAGCAUCCAGAAUAUGCCAAGUUGUUUACUACAUACCUAGAGCUACAGAGAUACCAGUCAGAUAUGUUGGAGGAGGAUGACAUGGAGCCACCUGAAGUCAAACACAGUCCGGCUAGAAAGGGUGUGACCCCAGUCUCAGAAACAACACCACUUACAAGAAAUAAAGUCUGUCCUGAAGGCCAUGAAGAGGAUAACUCAAGCACCUCUGACAAAAAGGAUGACUGAGAAGAGUUAAAGAAUUCAGCUUUUGAAUUCUACAUUAUUUUUCCCUAGCUAUUCAUAAGCACAAUUGAAAUAGAGAUGGAAGUUAAAAUUUAAAUUUAAAAGUUUCUUUUUUUACUUUCACAUCAAGAGAAGUUAUUCCUGUUUGAGCAUAAGGGAAAAAACACUGUAACUAUUCUGUCCUUGAUGUAAGUACCACGAUAGUGGGAAUGCUGUUCACUGUAUUGCAAGUUCAUGCUUCCACAAAAGUUACAGAUAUGCUAGGAGGGGUAAGAGGCUCCAGCACUGCAGUAACCUCUCAGAAUGGAGGCUGAGGAGUCCACCCAUGUAAAAGCAAGUAGAAUUUUUGGUGCUGCUCAGUUCCUUUACAUCCUCAAUAUGUCUUAAAGGGAAAAAAAAUGAUACUAGAGUGUUUUAAUUUGCAAUAUCCCUUAGCCAUUGUCCAGUUUUCUGAGAGACACAAAUGAGUUACAAGAUGCUGAGAGCUGAAGCUGGUGUUUUCUUUUAGCUGUCCUUAGAUUUCCCUUAACUACUUGUGAACUAUAAAGCUUAAGCUUCUGAACAAGACAUGCUGAUUCACUGAUGUUAACAGAAACAGCUUUAGGCUUAAAGGCUAGUUAAAGAUGGAAAUGGCUGCACUUCUAACAACAAAGUAAUUGGAAUUUCAAGAUAGCAGCUCACAGUCUAGAAGAAAAUGUAGACAAUAAGACCAAGAACUAAUGGACUAUUUCAAAAUAAAUAAAAUGUGUUUACAGUACAGCUCUUCAGGAUCUCAUUAGGAGGAACAGUUCGAACUUCAGCGUAUAAUCAUUCUAGUAAGUAUCAACAGAGGAACGUGACCUUGCUCUGCAAAGCUUUAAAGGCCAAUAUGCAGUCAAGCCACAGUUCUAGUAACUAGUACCUACUCUAAAGUUGUCUCCUAGAAACUGUGUUGGCAUUACUGUGCCAUUACUCAGUAUGUUCUUAGGGUUUGAUUCAUAAUGAAGCUCUUUCUAGUCAAUGAUCUGAAUCUGUUUUGCCUCAGUCCCCUCUAGUGCACUGGAAAUGGGGUGUUUACCUUUUUCCAUCCUUCAUUUGAAUGCACUUUAUACAAUACUUAAAAUAUAUAGGUAUUUAUGCAAAUAACUUCUAAAUGAAAACUUGGAAGGGGUGGAAUAGCCAAAUAUGAGCAAAGAUGAGCAAAGUGUAGAAUGUCUAGUACCAAAAAUAACCAAUUAUCAGCAGGUUUCUAUGUGAAAUGGUAACUUCUGCCUCUGAGGUACUGCUUGCAUUGUCUGGCUGCAAGUUCAUUGCCUUGUUUAAUCCUUCUGUGUUUAUAAAUGUGCCUAUCCUGAUGUUUCACAUGCUUAAAAUAAAUCUAUAUUUUUAAGAGA